GGAGCCGGAGACCCCAAGAGCCACCUUCCCUGGUGGCCAGAGGCCGAGUCCUGGGAUGGGGCGGGCCCAGGCCGGGAGUCAGGCCGGCGCCCCGCAGGUCUCUGGGUCGGCCGGCAGAGCGAGGCUUUAGCAGCGCCUCGCUAAGAUUGUGGAGUCCACCUGGCCCCCUCCAACCUGAACUUGGAACUUGGGAUCCAAUAGAGGUGGGGCUAGGGGGCGCUGGGGCCAGGGUCGGAAAGGGAAAGGAGUUUGGAAAGCUGCGGCGACAGGAAACUCCAAGCUGGACCAGGGGGCCGACAAGGGCAGAGGGGGAGGGACUCUUAUCCUGACAAGGCUCCCGCCUUCUCCGACUAGAGGGUUUGGAAAAACUGAGCAGGCAGCCAAGGCUUGGCUGGAAAUCCUGCAGCCCACCCUCCUGGGGACACAAAGCUGGAGGGCGGGGGCAGGGCGGGGGAAGAGAGCGCGACCCCGGGGAGGGCAGGGCCCCUUUUGGGGCUGGGGGCCCAGAGCCAGGUCCCUGGGGAGGGGGUUCCAGGCGCUGUCUCCCCGCAGUCUGCUUCCCCCAGCCCCUUGCUCUCCCCUUCCCCCUCCCCCCUCGGGCUCCAGUCUUGCAGAUUGCGGGCAGACUUAACUCCUAGCGUGCCAGUCUGGUGGACUUGGAGGUGGUGACACUUGAUUCGCGAAGGAGGGAGGGAGGGACUCCGGACCCCACUCCAACACUUUAACACGUUAAGGCCCGGAACGCAAUCCCGGAACUUCGGCUGAUCUGAGCCCUGAAAGGCUGCCAGUAACAAACAGGAGGAACUACACGCAAAGCGGGUACCUGAGAGCUGCCGAAAGUCAUCCGCUUUUGAACCCUGUCUUAACUGCCUACCUCACCCUCCCAUCCAGUCGUCAUCCCUUCACGCGUGGGCUAUCACCCUCCCUCCCCCUUGACAGAUAAAUGGCUACAGAGGCGGAAGUCUGGAUUUUGAAGCUACUUGAACAGUCUCCACUGAAGCUCGUCCCUGGGGUUCCAGCGUAGUGACCACCCCACUUUGCUCUCGUGAUCUGCAGGGCUUAAACUGCUUAGGAAAGAGACCUACCCAUCUGAAGCAGAGAACUCUAUAGCCUCUCCAGCUAGGACGAGGACAAGGGUCUGAGUUUCUGGAAAGCAUGACUUCACCCCCACCCCCGGGGCUGCACACCCUCUCUCCGAUCAAAAUUGGCCCCCAGUUCCACUAAGAAUGACUCUACCUCGGGGAGGUACUUCAGUUUAGGCAGGAAGUGGUUAACAGAGCGCUAGCUAGGUGAGAGCCAGGUGAGGCACCGCCCAUCUUGGCCUCAGGUGAGAGUAGGUGGGGUCUUGGAGGGAUACUGACCUUAAGGGUUGAUUUUACUGUCCCCUAGUGGUUAUAUCUGGCUUAACACCCACUUGCUAAAAACAAAACAAACAAACAAAACAAACAAAAAACAUCCUCGCUGGUUAUGUUGUAGACUGGCUAGAGAGCUCCUCCAAGAUGUGGAAGAAGCCCCCACGAUCUUUGUUCUGCAAUCCCCACUCAUCGGGCGGUUUCAGCUGCUUCCAGAUCUGCCUGGACAAAGCUACUUUCCAGUGCCUGUUUCAUCCAGACUCUUAGCUCCUCUCCUCUCAGUUCUGUAUUACAAGAGUCCUGAAGAGCAAGCCAAGGCAUGGCGUUCCUACAACAGACUUCAACAUCUCAAGCCUCUCUGGUCUGCUGUCUCCGGCGCUAACAGAAAGCCUGCUAAUUGCCUUGCCCCCAUGUCACCUCACGGGGGGUAAUGCCACACUGAUGGUCCGGAGAGCCAAUGACAGCAAAGUGGUUAAGUCGGGCUUUGUGGUACCUCCAUGCCGUGGGCGCAGAGAGCUUGUGAGCGUGGUGGACAGUGGAGCUGGCUUCACCGUCACAAGGCUCAGCGCUUAUCAGCAUAUCCUAUCGAGUACAGAAGGGGAUGUCUACCGAGUCCAGUCCAGAGACUCCCAUGUCCACGCUUCCUCGUGCAGGAAAACCUGAUGAGCGCGAGCUGGUUGGAACCUGAGGCAAUCAGGAGUGUCUGCAGGGGCGCUGCACUCCUGACGGCUCCCACCCGCGAUUGCCUGCGGUUUGAGGAAGCACCUUCCACACGGGCGAGUCUGUCCGCCACUUGCACUCUGCACCGCUCGUCUCCUCCAGCCUUAAAAAUGGAUCCUAAAUUCCAGAACCGGGACUUCUGGGCCAGCCUCCAUGGCCAGGUUCCGGGCUUGCUGGAUUGGGAUAUGGGCAACGAGUGCUUCCUCUCCUUCACCUCUACACAGUUGUCCGAGGCCGAGCAGAAACUUGCCCUAUACGGACUCCGAAUUGUUAAACCACCGAAACUGCCUUUGGAAAAAAUACCCAACCCUGAUAAAGAUGGUCCAGACAUUAAGCCCAAUCUGUGGAUGUGGGUGAACCCAAACAUCGUGUAUCCUCCCGGCAAGCUGGAGGUGGCACAUAAAAAGGAAGACCUGCCAAGCGUGCUGCCCGCCUUCCAGCCAGACCUGAAAGAGAGAGAAGACAGCUGCUCAGAAGCUUCAGAGAUGUCGUCACCGCAGCCGUUGCCUCCCCCUCUUCCUCGAAAGCAGAAGAAGAAGCUGAAGGAACAACACGUUGCCUCUUCCCCUAGCACCUGGGAGGAGCCUACAGAAGAGGAGGAGGCCAAGGACCAUGAUGACAGCUCCUCUGUGGCUCUCCCAUCCCUUCCCACAAGGGCCCCACUCCAGAGUCGGUGGAGGCUUCCUCAAGCCAUCAGCCCAGAGGGGAGGCUCUGGUCCCGUCCCCCUCUCCAUUACUUCCAUCUGAUUGCCUUGGCUCUCAGAAACAGUCCCCCCUGUGGCCUCAACGUACAGCAGAUCUACAGCUUCACCCGAGAGCACUUUCCUUUUUUUCGGACAGCUCCAGAAGCCUGGAAGAAUACAGUCCGUCACAAUCUCUGUUUCCGAGACAGCUUUGAGAAAGUGCCGGUCAGUAAGCAGGGGGAAGCCAGUACUCGGCCUCGAUCCUGCCUCUGGAAGUUGACUGAAGAGGGACGCCGCCGCUUUUCAGAGGAGGCCCGCACCUUGGCUUCCACUCGGCUGCAAAGUAUCCAGCAAUGCAUGAGCCAGCCAGAUGUGAUGCCCUUCCUCUUUGACCUUCAAGAAUAAUCAGCCAUGCCCUAUUAAAGUUUCCUUCAGCAA